GUGUGGAAAGUUUAAUAAUUUUUCUGUUUUAUAGGAAUGCACCUACUUUACAAUGAAAGAAAUUAAAAGAUUAUACAAACGCUUCAUGGAACUUUCACUGCUUUACUAUUCACCAACCGAGCUAAAGAAGAUGAGUCGCCCAACUUUGCCACCACACAUUAUCGCAACGAUGGCUGAAUUAAAGGUAAACCCUUUCGCCGACCGUAUAAUCCACGUAUUUUCUGAUGACGUCAACGGGUGUAUGACGUUUGAAGGUUUCUUAAAUAUGUUUAGCGUUUUCAACGAACAAGCGCCAAGAGAUGUCAAAGCUUUUUACGCCUUCAGGAUCUACGAUUUUGACGGGGACCAAUACUUGGAACAUGGCGACCUCUUGCGGACACUUGAAAGAAUUACGCGACGAAGUUUAAAAGACGAAGAAGCGGAGCUGAUAAUAACAAAGGUAUUAGAAGAAGCGGAAAUGGAUGACGAUAUGAAAAUAUCGUUCAUGGAAUUCGAACAUGUUUUGUCAAGGGCGCCCGACUUUUUAAGCACUUUCCACAUUCGAGUAUGAAAGUGAAUGACAUCACAAAGCAAGUGUGACGUAACAAUACCUAGAGGAUUGGCACAUGACGUCACAGUGGUACAUUGUGAUGCAAACAAUAAAUAAAGUUUUACAUCAUUAA